AUGAAAUUCUCUCCGGUUUGGAUCUUAGCAAUAUGCCAUAAUUUUACGGCUAUAAUAGGGUACAACAUAGAUAUAGACACAGUCCGAGUAGUUUCCGACCCUACAAAUCAGAAUGAUUCUUUGUUUGGAUGGAAAAUGGAAUAUUUUAACAAAGACCUGUAUGUGAGUGCUCCGCGAGCGGUAAACAAUGGUAGAAAAGACGGAGAGGUUUAUAAAUGUCCUGAAAACAGAAAAUGUUUGAUUGUCUCCAGGGAUUCUGCUAGAGUCGGAGAUGAAUCAAAUAUUUGGUUUGGUGGAGAGCUGGUUUCUGAAUCAGGAAGCAUGUACGCAUGCGCUCCAAGGACCAAUCAGCCAAGGACUCUAACACUUAUGACAUUUAUUGGCUCCUGUUACAAGUAUAAUACUGGAACUAACAGAUUUGAUCUCUUUGAAACUUUCCACGAUCCCAGCAAAUACAAGUUAGAAGCCUGAAAAGAAAGGAGAAAAUGGAAGUAUCUCUUCAUAUAUACUGGCAUCAAAACCCCUGAGCGAGUCAAGCAACGUGCAGUACUGUCAAGUGUAUGAUAACAUCGUAAAUAGCAGUAGAAAAAAAUCGUGCUCUGUGAGUUGGGCGCCACUAGCCUUUGGGUUCCAAUGUACGACCUGACUUGAAAACUCU